AUGAGGCACUCUCGGGACUCAGUAGACGAUUGGGGCGUCGCCUCCUUCUAUACCUCUCAUGACAUCUUCAAUCGCGCCGCUGUUAGCUACUCCAUGGAUGUUGCCCAACCUCCCAGCGUUGGCAGAGCUAGCUCCACCGCCUCCUUGCCCACCGAUCUACUUGAAUACGGAGGAGCUAAUAGCAUCGAUCAUGGAUCCCCCGGUUUUUCUCCUGGCCUUGGGGGCCUUUUCUCCAUCAUCUUCCCAAGCCUUUCUCUCUCAAUGGUUUAUGGAGUGAGGAGGAGAAGGGUGUUUCUAAGCCCUAGUUCAAAAAGAAAUGUUUUGGUAAAAGAUGAGAAUACUCUUUAG